CAAAGUCAGUAGAAAAAACUGGAUUCGCUUAAUGACUCCAUGAUUCACUUAACAACUACAGUGAUUCACUUAACUAUGAUCUUAAAAUUGAGUGCAACUCCCUUAACAACCACCUUAUCUAGCCAUGGAAAUUCUGGUUCCAAUUGUGUUCCUGUGUCAAGGAUUACCUGUAUAUCUUUUAAAUUAUCAUUGAUAUAAUACCUUUUAUAGUGUAUAUUACUAAUUGGCUGCACAUUUUCAAUUUUAAGUUUGUUGUCUUAUUCUUGUCUUUAUAUAUUGCACAGAAAUUCCAGGAAGUGGUGCUGAAAUCUUGCUUGCUAUUCAUGGAGGAUAUUUGUGUAUUGUGAAUAAGAACAUGCAUGCAAUGUAUUUUCUCGUAUUUAGCUCUUUCUCUUAUCAGCCAAAAUCAUAAACAAGUUUAAUGUAGUAGAGUAAUAUAGGGAGGCCUAGGUUCAAAUCCAUCCUCACCAUGAUCACUCACUGACUUUGGACCAAUCAAGACAAUCUAAUUCACAGGGUUGAGCUGGUGAAAAAUUAGAGAAAUGUUAUGUAUACUGAUUAAAACUCCUGGAAGAAAAGCAGAAUAUAAUUCUAAUCAGUAUUUAUUGACUGGCCUAGCAGCUCCACUUUGAAUGGUACAAUUACAAUGUGAUAAUAAUAUCAGUUUUAUUUAGCCAUUUGUAUCAAUUAGGUCCUAAAGCAGGGGUGUCAAACUGCCGAUCCGUGGGCCAGAUGCAUCAUAGCAAAACCGUUCUCAUCCCAUUGCCAGCAAUGGCAAAAAAGUCACUAUACCUUGCGGAACAUCACGUGAUGCUGCAAGUUUGAGACCCUUGUCCUAAAGGAUAUCAGUCCUGAUUCCUUUUUGGAAGGACAGAUACUGAAGCUGAAGCUCAAAUAGUUGGGCCACCAAAUGAGAAGAGAGGACUCAUUGGAAAAGAUCCAGAUGUUGGGAAAGACUGAAGGCAAAUGGAGAAGGGGAUGGCAGAGGCUAAAGAUGGUUUAUAUAGUGUCAUUGACAUAAUGAAUUGAAUUUGGGCAAAUUCCAGGAGAUAGUGGAGAAUAGGGGAGCCUGGCAUGCCAUGAUCGAUGGGAUCGCGAAGGAUCAAGCAUGACUUAGCAACUGAAUAAUAACCAGUUAGGAGAAUAGCAAUUAAUAGGUAUAAAUUAUAAUCUAAUAUAUCUCAAAAUCCUCUUCUUCACAUAUAUGAUAAAUAUAGUUCUUUAGCAUGGGAAUUAUUUUGUGUAGUUCUGCAAAAAAUUAAUUUUAUCUUUGAGCUUUUUAGGAUCAACAGGAAAUGUUGGUGUCUCAAUUGAUUCAGCUAUAAACAAUAAAUCUGUUCUUCAGUGCUGGACUUAAGAAUGAAUAAAUAUGCACUUAAUCCAAACAAGGAAGAUUUGCUGUUAUGGAACUCAGCAAGUCAGCUAGAUGAGGAAAUUCCCAGUCUAUGUAUUGUGUCAUACCUUCUUUGAAGGACUAGGCUUCUGGCCCAAAAUAAUUCUGAGCUCAGUUUUGCUUCUGGGGUCUCACAAUGCUUGUGACUAUGAUUCAGAGUACUUUUCUAACUUUGGCUGUAGGAUCAAGACCUGGCUAUUGUCAUCCAUCUAUUGGUAACCUGCCAAUUAUAUAUUAAUGUAUUUUUCCAGGUGGCCUGGCAAUUGCAGUUGUUGGAUACUGAUAUGCAUGAUAUAGUGUGUGUGGGGAGGGGGAAGUGAAUGCAUACUUCAAGAUAUGAAUAAUGAUUUUUCAAAUCCAAUUAUCCCAAAUUCAUUUCUGAGCCUAGCUUUAGUGCUGAAAUUUGUUAAUGAAGCCCUAAGUCAUACCCUGAUUGUUUUAUAUGUAACCUAAUAAAACCAAGAAGCAGAUGUUUUUCAAUUGGAGUCCCAAACUAUUAGAAUGCAUUACCCAGUAGUAGUCCAUAUAUCUUUCUCCCUCUUUCUUAAUGGCUUACGAAUUUAUUUUUUUAGCUAGGGUCUAAUUAUUUCUAUGUGCUUCAUAAAUUGGAUUUAUUGUGUCUUGAUGAGAGUUCAGAGGCACCAUUCUUAGCUGUUGGCUGCCUUUCCAGUUGUGAUGUUGCCAUAGUGCUCAUGGAAGAUGCAUAACGGGAAAUGGGAACAAUUAAAAUCUCCUCCUCUCUCCAACUUCUUUAUUUCUUAAAAAAAAAAAUCCAUAGAGCAUAUGUUUUGUAUCCAAAAGUUCCAGGUGCAGGUUUUGUCAAGAUAGAAUUAAGAAAAAUGCUUCUUACGAGUCAUAUUUCUCAGGAUUAUUUCUCAGUUGAAAUUUCAUCUUGUGAUCUGAAGGCUGAAUUUCUGUGAUAGGAUGACAUUUGGCUCUGCUGAACAAAUUAAGGAUUCCGAAAGAGAAUUAUUUGAGAAAAAUAUGUUUUGAUGAACAAAAAGGGGAUUUAAUUACCCUUCAAAGGAAAAGAUCUCAAGGACAUGUGAGCUGAUACAGCGGUAGAAAACAAACUGAAAGGGUUUCAUAAGCCAUGCUUAAUCAUGCAAUGUGUGUGAAGGCGGAAGAAGGUUCCCACCAAAUCAUCAGUAAGGUCUAGAUCACGGGUGUCAAAAUUGUGACGUCACAUGAUGUGUCAUGACAUAUCACAACGUUUUUCCCAUUGCUGGCAAUGGGGAGCGCUGUUUUGGCAUGACACAUACGGCCUGUGGGCCGGCAGUUUGACACCCCUGAUGCAAGAAUCGUCUAAAAUUUAUAAGAUUGUAAAUGGGCCCUGCUCCAAUCUAUAAUCUGUAUAUGCAAAUCCACGGAGCCACAUAUUACUGAUGUCCAAGAAAAAUAGCAGGAAGCAGCUAAAUGAAUCGCAAAAAAGAGAAAGGUGUAUUCUUCCUACUUUCAUGAAUAAAAGUGUAGUGAGGCCAGAUCUAAAGAACAUGGAAGAUAUUCUCCAGCACUGGAGAUGGAUAAUCCACUAAUGGGUUAACUUAAUCCUCCUGCCCAAUCAGAUCAAGUCAGCCAAACUUGCUACGUCUGUCUUAGGCCUGAUUCCCCAGUUUUCGACUUGAUCUUGCCCAGAACAGACAUGCAGAUUUGGCUCACAGGCAGGUAGUUACCGCUUAGUGGAUUAUCCAUUAGGAUUUUAAAUUUACUAAACUUUCUCUAACUUUUAGUCCCCUGAGCAGCGCUGGGACCAGCGCUCCUCUAGAAGACAAAUUCCUACUGAUUCCCAUUGGGGGUUCAGUUUUUUAAACGGAGGACUCCGUUUUUCCUUCUAAAUCCCCCCCCAUACCCUCUUCGCUGGGAAAGAGGAUUUUCGUCCAUCCUUCCUCCCUUCCAGCACAGCGCCCUUCCAAAAUCCCCCCCCCAUUCCACCAACUCUCCUCUGGCGUCAGAGCCUGUGGCUGCAGCUCCGACGGCCUUAAAGAACCCGGAUCGGCUCGUGGAGGCCACAGGGGCCUCGGAUUGUCUCGUCACGUUUUUCAGCCGUUCCAGUGACUGCGGACUCGAUUGAACACCAACGAUCAGCUGGGGAGGGUGUUUUUGGCCCCGUCCCCCCCGAGAAGGGUGUAACAGGCUGGAAACAUUCUACAUUUCUGAAUGGCAGCCCUCUUUUUCUCAGAAGAAAGGUCUCUGAUAUACUGAUCAAGUGUGGCUUAUCAAACCAGAGGCCGUCCUCUGUAAACUCCCACACAGGGGUUGAAAUGUCAUAUGCCAGUAUGACUAUUAGCACAGAUGUGCACACUUCAGAGCUCGGCAGUCAAAGAAGAGGAAGAGAGAAACAAAAUGUUUAGAGUCAGUGACGAGACUGCUUGCAUGACUAACGCCUUAAAGAGUGCCUUCAGUUUUUGAAGUUGAAGAAUAAGUAAACAGAAACAAGGAUUACAUAUUAUAUUCCAAUUCUUUUUUCUUUUUAACCACUUGGGAUUUUAGUCUUUGAAUUGACGUGGCCACAAGCACUGGACAGCAAUAUGUGUCAUGUCAUUGUUACUUGUCGCUCAAUGUUGUGGACACUUUUGAGUAUUGUUGUGGCAUUUGCAGAGCUUAUAGCCUUCAUGAGUGCGGAUUGGCUGAUUGGCAAGGCCCAGCCUGGAAGUUUUCAGGACACAGACAGCAGAAGGUCAGGAUCAGUGGAACCCUAUCGUCCAACCUUGGGGAUCUAUGGACGUUGCACCAGAAUAGAGCACUUCCAGUCUUCCAUGCCUGAUACAUCUUGUGGCCCCUAUGCAGAUAACUUCAGUGAGAUUGCCAGUGGGUUUUGGCAAGCUACUGCUAUUUUUCUUGCUGUGGGGAUCUUGAUACUCUGUGCAGUUGCAUUUGUUUCUGUUUUCACGAUGUGUGUACAGAGUAUUAUGAAGAAAAGUAUUUUUAAUGUCUGUGGGCUGCUACAAGGAAUUGCAGGACUAUUCCUUAUUCUAGGCUUGAUCUUAUAUCCUGCUGGUUGGGGUUGUCAGAAGGCAAUAAGCUAUUGUGGACCUUAUGCUUCAGCUUAUAAACUUGGUGACUGUUCUUUAGGCUGGGCUUUCUACACUGCUAUUGGUGGCACAGUCCUGACGUUCAUCUGCGCAGUCUUCUCUGCCCAAGCUGAAAUCGCCACCUCCAGCGACAAAGUCCAGGAGGAAAUCGAAGAGGGAAAAAGCCUGAUUUGUCUCCUAUAACAUACUCUUCUCCCAAUUUUUUUUUUAUUAUCUCAAAACUAAUGGAUUUGAAGUAGCUACUUGGACUCUUAUAGGGAGGAAUGAAGACAUGUACAGUAAGUGUUCUGGUAGUACAACAUGAUAGAAAGUUGAAAGGCACUGAAUUCUAGACAGUAUUAAAAAAUGUGAAGUAGUGAGAAUUCUGACACAUGGAUAUGAAGGAAUGCCACAAAGCAAACCUGCUGGCUUUCCAAUUAUGCUGCAAACAAUUAUUUCCAUUUUGUCUUCACCAAGAUGAAUGAUUAUGAAGGAUUUUUUAAAGAAUAGCUUGAAAUGUCAGGUUGUUUUCAGUACAUAUAUUGUAAGAUAACACAAUCAGGUUCCAGUGUCAAAAUGGCAAGCACUACGCUAUUAAGUUACUCCAUUGUAUCUUUUCAGAAAGGUCAUGAAUAUUAAACAAAAACAACCCCAUAAUAUUCUGGGUUGUAUGCAAGUGGCACAUGGAAAUAAUGUAUCUUAAUAAAGAAGCAAGGAUUCCAGUUGAAACUAGUUAAUAAAAUUUUCUUUAAGCAAUAUUUAAACAUAUUGCUCAAGACAUACCCGAGGCAUGGAACUAUAACAAUUUAUGAGGGUAGCUUUGAGAAAAUAAGCUAAAUCACUUUUUCAUUACAGAUAAAUAGUUCCAUUAUUUGAUUAAUCUAGGUAGAUAUGUAUAGUUAUGAGAAAAGUUUAGACUUUUGUAUAUCUAAUACCGAACUCAAGAUUUGUCUUCAAAAAUAAGUAUAGCCAUCCUCUGCUAUUGGUUUUAACCAAGGUCACUACUGGUCCUUUCCAAGUACUAUCAGUUGCCUUUAAGUCCAUUUCAAGUACAAACGGCCAUCAUGCUCAUCUAACAACAGAUACCAUGUGCCUAAAUUCUGACCAUAUGUUACUGAAUGCUUUUGGGACUUUUUUAGUUGCAUCUAUAAGAUAAGUAUACUGAUUGAUUUUUCAAAAAUGAGCCUUUUGCAUUAGUAAAAUAUGUUAAAAUGUUCUGAGAACGUAAUGUACUGCAGUGAUGGCUGUAGAAAAGAAAUGAUGGAAAAACUAAUGCUUAAUGUCCAGAUCCUCAAUUUUUAGAUAAGCUUUAUUAACACUGAUAUUUAAUGUAUCUUUUGAUAGACAGAAAUAAUACAUUGUAGUUUAAGUUGCCAGGAUGAAAUAACACAUCAGAUUCUGAAUAGUAACUUAUUUCUAGCAUAUCUUCUAAAAUUAAAAUUUGAAUUCCAGUGAAAAGGAAUGUACUGUACUGUUUAACUCAGGAUUUUUGUGAAUAGCCACUUUUUAAAUCAUUGCUAUAAGUAUUCCAAGGAGGCAUUUGUGAAUUAACUCUGUACAUGCACAUUUUACAACUUGUAUUAAUUCACUGAGCACUAACAGUGGUUUAUGAGGGCUUAAUUGAAGCCAAAUUGCUUUUGCAGAAUUGCUAUCAUAAUAUCUCUUGUUCAGAAACAUGUUGCUCCCAUGAUAAAAAGCAUGAAAAGGAGGCUGAACUGUUCAUAUUUAAAAAUAUUGAAUACUGAAAUUUACUAAGGAAUUAUGCAGACUGAUCAAUCUGAUUAUAAAUUAUGGUAAUUGGCAUGUUGUCCCUGAACGGCAUCCAAGAAACGUCACCUAUUCUGGAAAUCUGGCAAAUUAACUUUCCUAGUUUCAAAUGUAAAAUAAAAGAUAUAAGCCAAAUUGUGGGCUGAUACUGCUUACGGACGGAUGCCUGAGAAAUCCUCACUCAUCAUCCUUAAGCAGGGCUGGUGGGGCUGUGCUGGAGUUAACUCUAGCAUAAUUUUGCUUGAACCUUUAGUAUAAAAUUCCAGUUGGAGCACAAGAAAUAUUUAUGCUGGUGUAAUAUGCAAUUUAUUUCUUUGAUACUGUAACAUUUCUAUGUUGUAGAAAUUAAUUACUAAGAUUUGACUAGAAUCAAACAUUUCAAGUUAGAGUACUUUUUAGUGUCUUUAAAAAUACAGGACUAAACAAGGGUAGUCCUCGUUUAACUAUGAUAAUUGGGAUUGGCAACUCUGUCACUAAGUGAUGUAGACAUAAAGUGCAAUGUCACAUGACCACACGAUUUUAAUUUAAAAUUCAUAACCGGCUCUUCAGUGUUUUAAAGUUCUGCAUUCUGAAAAGGCACUUUGGAAAUUAGUUGAGAAUAGCAGUUAAAGGAAAAUAAAUGUUGGCCUGAUAUGAAAAUAUUUUUUACAUUUUUUCAUUCUCAUUGCCUUUCUAUUUUGCUUUUGCAAUCUCAAAAUGAUUGUUGAAUAUUAAAGUUUAGAACAGUUCAGCCGUUUUAUAGCACAUUUUAAAAAUUAAAAUCUGGGACAAUAUUCUCAUGUUUCCUUCUUUGAAUUGGCAUCAAGAGAAAAUCUAUCAGAUAGCUUUUACAAGACAAUAGCAGAAAUGAUAGUUUCAAAUUAUACAGGACAUUUUUUUAAAAAAGAAAAGGUACUAAUCCCCAAAAACAUUAUUCUGCAUACUUCUCUUCAAGCAACAUUUAUUAAAAAUCACUCAAGUAUAUUCGUUGAUUGUUCAGGAAAUUUAAAUAAAAAAAUUAAGUUCCAAUAGAAGAGAGUAAGCUUUCACAUAAGCAAACAUUAUUUUACACAGGCAUCCAGUAUUAUAUAAGGGAAAAUAAUAUAGGGUGAUGCCUAUGGGACAUAUGCAUUAUCUGUAAGCUAUCUUUUCAGAAUUGAAUCUCAUACAUUUGAUUACUCAAGUCAACUAUAGGUGUCACUUUUCCAGAUUUAAACAUUUUUUUUUGCUGAGUAAUAAUAUCCCAACACAUUGUAAUCCAUUUUAUUAGGAACACAUUACAAUAAAAGUGAAUCAUGAUUUCAUUAGAAAGAUCACUUCAUAAUUAUAUAAAAAGAUGGAAUGGCUAGCUGUUUAUUAUAUACUUCUGUGUCUCUAACCAUCAGCCUCUCUGAAGCUUCUGAGUUUCAGGGUCCCUGGUGUGUUAUGAGGCAGGAAUAAAAAGGAAGGGAAACCAGGUAGAACCAAGCAGAAGACAGGUGGGCAGUGGGGAGAGAGGCAAGUAGGGAAAAUUCACUUUUAUUUUUCUAAUUCCAAUGCAUUAACUUUGUUCUUUUUUUGGGGGGGACAGGUAGCAAAUUGUGGUUAUUUAUAAUCUUAAUGAAAUUUCCUCUGCAAGAGUUGCAAAACUCUUAAUGUUGCAGAAUCACAGCAAGAUGCAGUAUAACCGCUUGUUUGCUUUAUAAACAAGGUUGAAAACAUAGUAAACAGGAAUGCAUGUAGACUAGAUAACAUAGGCCCUGGCAAAUCUUGGCACAUAUACUGGGUUUGUUUUCUAAUUGUGGCAUUGCUUUACUGUACUUAAUAUUUUAGCCACACCACCAUCUCCAUCUGAUGCAGUUACCUUAAAUCCUGCCUCAGAAAUGCCCCCAAAUAAUUCUUUAUGUGGGGCUACACAUACUGCGUCUGAUAACUGUGAUCUUUGACUGAAGCUUCAGCCAAUGAAAUGUUAAUGCAUAAACUUUGGAACAAGUAGGGCUACCAGGUUGGAGCUGUAAAGAUCCAGACAACCACAGAUGAUAGAUUCAGAAAACUUAUUGUUUCCAUGACCUUCCAGAUUUUUUACGGUCCAGAUGUAGUAGCUCUAUAAUAACCAUACACUGAUAUAGCAUGUGCAAAUCUACAAUUAUGAUAUACAUUUCUGAUAGCUGGAGUAACAUUCUUUUUGUAUUACUUCAUAGUCUGUAAAUUGGGAGUGAUAUUUGUGGAAAAACAUAUUGCACAAUUAUAUCAAUUGAAUAUACAGUAUGACAACUUCAGGCUUACAUGCAACAUCCCAUAUACCUUUUGUAUUUAAAUAAUUAGGCCACUGUAUUCCAAACAAGCAAAAAUGUGGUUUAAGAAAUCUUUUCAAUAUGUCUUUAAAUUUUUUAAAAUUAAAUAUAUUUUACAGAAUACUAUAUUAACUUCAUACAAUGGCACAUAUGACUUCUUUUUAAUACAUACUACUUUAAAUCAAGAAAUGGUUAGUGAUUAAACCUGUGUAAAGACAGCUCAAAAUAAAAUACUGUGGAUAAAUGAUUUUAUAACGUUUAUUGUGUUAUCUUCUGUUGAAAUUUUCAAAUAAUUAAUUCAAAUUAUAGUAUGUAUAAUAUGCAGUAAAGAUUUUAAAACCAAUUUGAAAGAAUCCAUAUGUUUGUGGAAAAGGAAAGCUACUGCAAUAUUAUUUAAAUAUUGCAAUAAAAUCUUUCUGUAGGGGAAAAAUGGAUGUUAAAAAUACAGUGAAACCUUGAUUUAACAGUCCAAUUGGGGAGAAGGGAUGUCUGUUAUUUCUAAUUGUCCAUUAAAUCAGAGUAUAUAAUCUGUGGUGAUAUUAUGCUAAGAUAUAAAUUGCACAUAUUUUGCAUUAUAGCACAUCAUUUGUUUAAUCUUAUUAAGCAAAUGAUAUAUAAAAGUAAGAUAGGUAUAUAAUGGGAAUUUUAUCCGUGGCAUCUGAAGUCUACUACACUCAGGUCUGUUAAAUCAACACUUUACUGUAUUGUAAAAUCUUUUGAAAUCUGAUUAUUCCAAGCGUACUAAUUUAUAGCAUACUGUCUCAAUGUGAAAAGUAUUCACAUAUUUAAAAACUUAUGAAUUGAUCAAUAUUAAAGAGAGAAAGUAAAAAGUCACUUGAUGAGCUACAGUGUGCUAAAGAAUAUAGCUGUUGGGCUGGAUUGCUAAUUUAAUUUUCUAAAAUAUUAGUAAUUCUUUGUCUAAUAAACCAUAAUUAACCCCUGAA